GUGACCACGUCUGUUCGCCAGGAAAGGGGGCGGUGGGGCAAGAUGGCGGCCCACCUGUCCUACGGACGAGUGAACCUGAACGUGCUGCGCGAGGCGGUGCGUCGCGAGCUGCGCGAGUUCCUGGACAAGUGCGCGGGUAGCAAGGCAAUAGUUUGGGACGAGUACCUCACAGGACCCUUUGGCCUGAUUGCACAGUAUUCGCUACUGAAGGAACAUGAAGUGGAAAAAAUGUUCACACUUAAGGGAAGUCGUUUGCCUGCAGCUGAUGUCAAGAAUAUUAUUUUUUUUGUCAGACCCAGGCUAGAACUAAUGGAUAUAAUUGCUGAAAAUGUGCUCAGUGAAGACCGACGUGGCCCAACAAGAGAUUUCCACAUUUUGUUUGUGCCAAGACGUAGUUUACUCUGUGAACAGCGGUUAAAGGAUCUGGGUGUUCUGGGAUCCUUUAUUCAUAGGGAGGAGUACAGCCUCGACCUCAUUCCAUUUGAUGGGGAUCUCUUAUCCAUGGAAUCAGAGGGUGCAUUCAAAGAGUGCUACCUGGAGAGUGACCAGACGAGCCUCUACCAUGCAGCUAAGGGGCUGAUGACCCUGCAGGCUCUGUAUGGAACAAUCCCCCAAAUCUUUGGGAAAGGAGAGUGUGCCAGGCAAGUGGCCAAUAUGAUGAUCAGGAUGAAGAGAGAGUUUACAGGAAGCCAAAAUUCAAUUUUUCCCGUUUUUGAUAAUCUCUUGUUGCUCGAUCGAAAUGUGGAUUUAUUAACUCCUCUUGCUACUCAGCUUACAUAUGAAGGACUCAUUGAUGAAAUCUAUGGCAUUCAGAACAGUUAUGUGAAGUUACCUCCGGAGAAAUUUGCACCAAAGAAACAGGGUGAUGGUGGGAAGGAUCUGCCCACAGAAGCAAAGAAACUUCAGCUAAAUUCCGCAGAGGAGCUCUAUGCUGAGAUCCGCGACAAAAACUUCAACGCGGUGGGCUCUGUGCUUAGCAAGAGAGCGAAGGUGAUCUCUGCAGCAUUUGAGGAAAGGCACAAUGCUAAGACAGUUGGGGAGAUCAAGCAGUUUGUUUCCCAGCUGCCCCACAUGCAGGCAGCAAGAGGCUCACUUGCAAACCACACCUCAAUUGCUGAGUUAAUCAAGGAUGUUACCACUUCUGAAGAUUUCUUUGAUAAACUAACAGUGGAGCAGGAGUUUAUGUCUGGAGUAGACACCGAUAAGGUCAACAGUUACAUCGAAGACUGUAUUGCCCAGAAGCACCCACUGAUCAAGGUGUUAAGACUGGUUUGCCUCCAGUCCGUGUGCAAUAGUGGGCUCAAACAAAAGGUUCUGGAUUAUUAUAAAAGAGAAAUUCUCCAGACUUAUGGCUAUGAGCACAUAUUGACAUUAUACAACUUAGAGAAGGCUGGCCUGCUGAAACCACAGACAGGAGGCAGAAACAAUUACCCAACAAUCCGGAAAACGCUACGCCUCUGGAUGGAUGAUGUGAAUGAACAGAAACCUGUUCCAGAACCUGGAGGAGAGAGCUGUGUGGAGAGACCACCUGACAAGACGAAGGACACGGCCAGCAUCCAGUGGUAUCACAGACAGGAAGCCAGGGCAGGAACGAACACUCCCCAGGUGCUGUCUGGUGCCUUCCAUUGGCCGGACCCAAAGAGGGUGUGGGAGCACAUCGGCGCAGAGCCUACAGAAUCCCACGGACAUAUCGUACGUGUACAGUGGUUAUGCCCCUCUCAGUGUGCGACUGGCCCAGCUCCUCUCGAGGCCCGGCUGGCGCAGUAUCGAGGAAGUUCUCCGCAUACUCCCAGGGCCCCACUUUGAAGAACGGCAACCAUUGCCCACAGGACUGCAAAAAAAACGUCAGCCAGGAGAAAACCGAGUCACUCUGAUAUUUUUCCUCGGGGGUGUAACCUUUGCUGAAAUCGCUGCCCUGCGAUUUCUCUCCCAGCUGGAAGAUGGAGGUACAGAAUAUGUGAUUGCCACCACUAAACUAAUG